UAAGAAAAUUAAACUAUAAAGACUAUAGUGUUUUUGGAGAGUCCACUCACUUUGUCAUUGUGUCAUAUUUAACUACUGGGCCCCAUGUUAAGAACAGGGGAUUUGGUUGUGAUUUUACAGAGACAAAGGGCAUAGGGUAUAGUGUGCAGAUAAGCCACUCAAGCUUGUCCGCACCCUGACAAAGACCCUGUUGUUGUUUUUUUUUAAAUGCAGGUGCUUUAAGAUGGGUGGUUCACUAUUUCAUCCUUUGAACAUUGUUUCCACAUCCCUUUUUAUGCUCGACCAAUCAGAGUCUGUGAGGAGAUGUGGAGGCCAUUAUGCUCUGUGUAGUUGUUUAAUGCUGUGUAUUUUUAGAGCAUUUGCGUUAAGAUCAAAUAUGAACGUCCAUCUGAUUCCUGUGUACAUAGAGAUUUGUAACCUGGAUGGGUCUUAACGCCCAUAGGAUCAGGGCUAAUGGGCGGAGGAGUGGUCGCUGAAGGGGCUUUCAAAAGAGGGUAGCUUUGCUAAAACAAAAUAAAAAGGCGAAGCUGCAGCAGAGGUACACGGCACGCCCCUUGGCAGGUGGAACAAAUAGGGGAGCGGGUUUCACGGCAGCGUCGCACAUCCUCAGUCCGCAUUUCUGCCCCGAGUCCACUCCGUGGUAAAGCCUUGAAUGUCACCGUGCAGAGGGUGAGUGACUUUAGCUUAAAAUGACAGUAUUGUCUACUGUAAUGUAAUACACUUGUUGGGUACCUGUGCAAUAGGCUACAUGUGUGUGCGCACUUUGAACGCAGUUUGCAACUGUUAUAAAUGCUACUUUUACAAUGAAUGCCGGAAUGUGUUUUCCACUACCAGUGUGCUCUUUGCCAAGUAACAUGGCUUCCAAGGUCUGCCUUACCCACUUAUCUCUGCCAUCUCAAAACUGAAUUAGACUCUGCUGAUGUUAUCUACACUAAACAUCCAGUUAGGCUGAAUGUAUUUGUUCUUAAAUAAAAUCCCGCAUUUACACAUGUUCUCACUUUGGCACAACCACUUAGUCCACAGGCCGCUAUGAUUUUUUUAAUUUAUUUUUUUUCCUUUGGCAGGAUGCUGUAGACUGGGCAUGUGACUUGUGAGAUUGUGGGUGUGGCUCCAUCAUGGAGGUGAAGAAGGAUGAGAGUGGACCGUCUGGAGGUUCCUCUAAGCAUGGCUGUUACAGGACUGCCAUUGUGGCCAGCUUUGUAUUUUUCCUCAUUAUCGGGGUCUUUGUGGGACUGCUUACGACAUACCUUGUGCAAGAGCAGCACAGCUUCAUGGAGACAGUGGAGCUGAAAGGUCUUGAUUAUGAUUCAGAUCUGCAAAAUGUGAACUCUGGGUUCUCCAUAGUGCUAUCUACAAUUCUAAAGUCUAAGAUAAAAGAUAUCUUUUCUGCCUCAGCUAUUUCUCAUCAUUACGCUGAUUGUAUUAUUGUGGCGUAUGGAAAUAUUAAUGGAGGGGUCAUGGUGACUUUUCGACUGAUAUUUAAAAUUUCAAAAUUCCAACAGUAUUCUGACAAUUAUAUUCAGGACUUGCUCAGAGUUGGACUCAACUCAGUAAUGCAUGGCCAGCCACUAGAGGUGCCACAGUUUGGACAGAUCAAAGCUAUCAUCUUACUAGGUGCUAGUGGGAAGUCAUUUUAUGCCAUUGGAAAUGAGAUUAAUGCUAGGUGUCCUGAUAACACCUUCACCUGUGACAAUGGCGAAUGUGUGACCAAGCUAAAUCCAGAGUGUGAUUUUGUACCAGAUUGUGCAGAUGGAUCUGACGAAGCACACUGUUCAUGUGGGACACGUCCUGCCAUGGGGAGUCGCGUAGUGGGUGGAGAGGACGCUCGACAUGGAGAGCUGCCAUGGCAGGUCAGCCUGAGGCUUCAUGGUCGACAUACCUGUGGGGCGUCUAUCGUCAAUGAACGCUGGCUAGUCAGUGCAGCACAUUGCUUUGAGAGGGACAAAGAUCCCAAAGAAUGGACAGCUCUUGUAGGGGCCCGUCUGGUGAGUGGUGAGGAGUCUGAGUCUAAAUUGGUCAACAUCAAGUCACUGAUAGUGUCUCCAGAUUAUAACCCCAUGACCACGGACUUUGAUGUUACUGUUCUGGAGCUGGAAACUCCCCUUACCUUCAGUCUUUACAUUCAGCCAGUCUGUCUGCCCUCUGCCUCUCAUGUGUUCUCCCAUGGCCAGAGCUGCAUGGUGUCAGGAUGGGGUGCACUUAACCAGUUUAGUACCAUGGUGCCCUCCAAUCUGCAGAAGGCAGUGGUGAAGGUCAUUGACUCUGCAGUGUGUAAUAAGACAUUAGUGUACAGAGGAGCAAUCUCUCAUAACAUGAUGUGUGCUGGCUUUCUGCAGGGCAAAGUGGACUCCUGUCAGGGUGAUUCUGGAGGGCCUUUAGUGUGUGAAGGGGCCCCAGGCAGAUUUUUCUUGGCUGGAGUUGUCAGCUGGGGCGUAGGCUGUGCCCAAGUCAACCGACCAGGGGUAUAUUCACGGGUAACCAAGCUUCGAAACUGGAUUUUGAGCUACAUUGAGUCAGACGUGGCCCGUGAAAAGCCACAGUCUAACACCAGUUUGCAAGCUGCUGUUUCUGAAGAGACAUUCUACAAUGUACCUGAUCCUUGGACGAUAGCUCUGGAUAUGCUGUCUGAUACGUCACUUUUUGUUUCCAACUGCAGUGGUAAUUUCCAGUGUAGUGCCACUAUGUGUAUAAACAAGGUAAAUCCAGAAUGUGAUGGGGUUGUUGACUGUCCUAACCAGGUAGAUGAACGCAACUGUGACUGUGGUGUGCGUCCAGCAUUAGGCUCUCAAAGGAUUGUGGGUGGAGUAACAGCCCGAAGAGGAGAGUGGCCAUGGAUUGGCAGCCUUCAGUACCAAAGGCUUCACAGAUGUGGUGCCACUCUUAUUCACAGCAAAUGGCUGUUGACAGCAGCACACUGUUUCAAAAGUGACCCAAACCCCAAUAACUGGGCAGUUAGCCUGGGAUCUGUGCUGCGCUCUGGGGUAGGAGCUCUUGUCAUUCCCAUUCAGAGGGUCUUUAUUCAUCCACGCUUCAACAACACCAACAUGAACUAUGAUGUGGCUCUUUUGGAGCUGUCUGUGCCUGCACCAAUGUCCUACACUAUACAAUCCAUAUGCCUUCCCUCUGUAGUGCACCGCUUCAUGACGAAAGCAGAGUGCUACAUCACUGGAUGGGGGUCAGUGAGGGAGGGAGGUUCCCUAACUAACCUGCUUCAGAAGGCUACUGUAAACAUCAUUGACCAGGCAGAGUGCCAACUCUCUUAUGGAAAUGUGCUCUCUCCAAACAUGAUGUGUGCUGGUUACAUGGAGGGAGGCAGAGACACUUGCUUGGGAGACUCAGGAGGGCCACUUGCAUGCCGUGAGCUUUCAGGCCAGUGGUUCAUUGCAGGAGUGACCAGUUGGGGCCAUGGCUGUGGAAGAAUAGGUUAUCCUGGUGUAUACACACGAGUGACAUCAAUUAGGAAGUGGAUAUCUACAUAUGUGCAUUUGUGAUGAACAAGGAGCCUCUUAAGGACACAUCUCUUGAGAUCUACAUGAACCAAAGUUUUUUAAAGUUUUUUUAUGUGACCUAAGGUCAUGGGUGCUCUACAAACUUUUCUGUGCAAUUAUGCCACCUGGGAUAAUCUCAAGUGCACUGAAAAACUAAGACACAGGACUUUUCUUGGUACAUGUGUAUUUAUUUCAAUUAUUUAUUUACCAGGCUGUUAUAAUCUUUAUGUUUUGUACAGGCUUUGGAUUAAACAUUAUUGCAAAGAGUAAAAAAAACUAAACUUUUUCUCCCAAGUAAAUACUUUAGAUAAGUUCUACUCUAGUGAAGACAAUGCAAGCUCAAAGCCCUUGGACCAUAAUUAUGCAUAAUAUAAAGGCCCAUUCACAUCUGAUCAAUAAUACACACAACUAUUUGGGGAAAACCCCAUGGAUACAAGCCCACCACUGUGAGGGCAAGAAACAAAACUAUUGUUUCCCAAGUAUGCUGUUGUGAGAGACGGGGACUGGUUUGGGGGUUGUCAGCCUGAUUUUUAAUUUUGUUUCUGAUGUCUCAGUAGACGCAUGCCUUAAUAAUUUUAGCUACACUCCGUUAAGCUCUGCACAAUUUUCAAUCAGAAAAACAUUAUAAAUGAAGAGAAUUGACUGGACAGAUGAUGAUGGCAUUUGCACAAACUUUCCAUGAAGAAUUUAUGUACAAGAGAUGAAUUAUGAGAGCACAACAGAGAAAGGUUAAAGAAAUCUUCGGCAUCUUCAUCCAGUAAACACACACUCUGUCCCAACUGUUUGGUACAGUUUGUGUCCACAGAUUUCAACAGGGAAUUAAAUAAAGCAUUU